AUGGGUAUUAAGGAAGGCGAACAUUUCUUUGGUGGUGUGGUGAUCAUCCUUCUCAUUGUUAUGGCAUAUGACUGCUACAUGGCCAUCUGUAAGCCCCUGCACUACACAAUUAUUAUGAGUCCUCAGGUAUGCUGCCUAUUGCUGGGAGGGACCAGGGUGGGAGGGUUUAUCCAUGCAACAAUACAGCUUCUAUUCAUGUAUCAAAUACCCUUCUGUGGCCCUAAUGUCACUGACCACUUUAUAUGUGAUUUGUUUCCCUUGUUGAAACUGGCCUGCAUGGACACCCACACCCUGGGUCUCUUAGUCAUCUUCAACAGUGGGGUGAUAUGUGUGACCAUCUUCCUUAUCCUCAUCGCCUCCUAUGUGGUCAUCCUCUGCUCCCUGAGGUCUUGCAACUCUGAAGGGCAGCACAAAGCCCUCUCCACCUGUGGCUCCCAUCUCACUGUGGUCAUAUUGUUUUUUGUGCCAUGCAUUUUCCUGUAUGUGCGGCCUAUGGCCACUUACCCCGUAGACAAAGCAAUGGCUGUGUCUGAUUCCAUCAUCACACCCAUGUUGAAUCCCUUGAUCUAUACCCUGAGGAAUGCUGAGGUGAAAAAUGCCAUGAGGAAACUGGGGAAAUGA